UAUGAAAGAUCAGACAGCUCUUUCGGAUCAUUUUUUAAUCAUAAGGAUUCAAAGUGCAGUCAACUGUGGAGGACAGCGCCGCUCUAAGGACUGUGCUUGUGCUAAUUCCGCCAGAGGUGUUGGAGGUGAUCAAAAUACAGAAUGUAAGGAAGGCGGUCUGUGUAUGGAAGGAACGGGUCUGAGAGGAGUUCCUGGGCCACCGGGGCCAGCAGGUCUUCCAGGUGCGACCGGCUCUUCCGGAUCUCCUGGCCGAAUCGGUCCAAGAGGUGUUAUCGGCCCCAAAGGCAAUCAGGGCCCACCCGGACCUGCAGGUCCGGAGGGACGAGAAGGUCCCCCAGGUGACCAAGGGAAUCCAGGUGGAACAGGACCUCCUGGUCGUUCUGGUAACUUUGGAAAACCUGGUCCCAAAGGCCCAGUUGGACCUCAAGGUCCAGUAGGAAAUAUUGGGCGACAAGGAAAUCCUGGUCCUCGUGGAUCUCAGGGAGCUACUGGAAAUAAAGGAGGUGUAGGUCAAAAUGGUUCCCCUGGUUUACAAGGACCAAGAGGUCCACAAGGAAUGGUUGGCGAUCCUGGUGAUAAAGGGCCAGCUGGUGCUGACGGUCAGCAAGGUCCACCAGGCUCAGCUGGUCAACCUGGGGACAUUGGAAGUAUAGGACCGAAAGGACCAACUGGAAUAAAAGGUCCUAAUGGUAUUCGAGGACCUCAAGGGGAUCAAGGGCCACAAGGAAAUAGAGGGCUUCAAGGAGAAAGUGGAAUUAAUGGUGCACAGGGGCAGCCCGGACAGAGUGGAGACAAAGGACCACCAGGCCCAGCUGGAAAUACAGGAGAUCAAGGACCACAGGGACCCAAAGGAGAAGAUGGUCCAAAAGGAUCUGUGGGACCAAAAGGAACAGUAGGUGAUAAAGGAGAAAUUGGUUUCCGUGGCCCACCAGGUGCGCCUGGUGACGUUGGUUCUGAAGGAAGUAGAGGUUCACCAGGAAUCAAUGGCAACAGAGGUGAUCAAGGAUUUACUGGUAUGUCUGGACCUCCUGGUCCAAAAGGCAACGUUGGAAGUGAUGGUCCACCAGGACAACCAGGGGAUCCUGGAUUUACCGGCCCAGAUGGGCCAAAAGGAAAUAUGGGAAACACCGGUCCUAUUGGGCCAAAUGGAGAUAUAGGACCGAUUGGUACACAAGGAGCAAGCGGUGCACCUGGAAAGAAUGGAGAUCCAGGAGAGUUUGGUCCAAUUGGGUCUAAUGGCGAUCCAGGACCAGCUGGGUCAAAAGGUUUACCUGGCCCUAAUGGUGACCCAGGUCAACAAGGUCAACAGGGAGCUACUGGUCCUCAAGGCGACCCAGGUCUACCAGGAGAAAAGGGACCGAAGGGUUCAGAAGGGGAUACAGGUGAUAUAGGAAUAGAUGGACCCCCAGGAAGUGAUGGAGCAGGUGGUGCUCCUGGACCAAAUGGUCCAAUUGGUGAGCCAGGAGAUCUAGGGGAUGCUGGCUCUAAAGGUGCUCCUGGAGCUAAAGGGCCAAAGGGAAUAGAUGGCCAGAAAGGUGCUGUUGGGGAUCCUGGACCAAUGGGAGACACUGGAAAUCAAGGACCUCAGGGAGGCCAAGGACUUGCUGGUCCCAAAGGUCUACAGGGAGACACUGGGGAUGCGGGGGAUCAAGGCUCUCCUGGCCCAGACGGACUGCCCGGUUCAGAAGGCGAUACAGGAAGUGUUGGUCCCGCUGGAGAUAUAGGAGACCCUGGACCAGCUGGUUCUAAGGGUCCCGCUGGUCCUCAAGGACUUGACGGACCCCAGGGAGAUGCAGGUCCCGCAGGAGAAAAAGGUGCACCAGGUAUAAAAGGAGAACCAGGUGUUCAGGGGCCAAUUGGAAAUGUAGGCCCUGAAGGAACCGGAGGUGCUAAGGGUCCUCAAGGAGCUACUGGCCCAAAUGGGGUAGCUGGAUCACCAGGUGAUAAAGGAGCGCAAGGUGGAGCAGGUAGUCCAGGACCACAAGGCCUGCCCGGAGCACCAGGUAACCCUGGUUUCACUGGGGAUGCCGGAUCGCCAGGUAGAUUUGGAUUACAAGGUGCAACUGGCUUACAAGGAUUGCCAGGACAGAGUGGAGAUGUUGGAGAUCCAGGAACGAUUGGAAGCCAAGGAGCGAAAGGCCCACCUGGAGAUAAUGGUCGAAAUGGUGAUAAGGGAAAAGUUGGACCUGCAGGAAGAGCAGGCACACCUGGAGCUGGUGGAGCUGUUGGUGACCCAGGUCCUGCAGGUCCGAAAGGACCCAUAGGACCAGGCGGUGCGGGUGGUGAGGCUGGUAUACCUGGAGAUCAAGGUGCUCCUGGUAGUCCUGGAGCUAACGGAAACCCUGGUCCGCCAGGUGACCAAGGUAUUCAAGGUCCUAUCGGUCCAGAUGGAAAUAAAGGAAAGAUAGGUCCAGCUGGUGCAGUUGGCCUGCCUGGUAAUGCAGGACCACCUGGAAUUCAGGGCAAUCCAGGCAGUCAAGGAUCUCCUGGUCCACAAGGAUCUGCUGGAGAACCUGGAAAAGUUGGUAAUCCUGGAGAAAAGGGAAUAAACGGAAUUCAAGGUGCAGACGGACUUCCUGGACCAGAUGGUCCAGUCGGUAACCCUGGACCCAAAGGACCUGCUGGAGAAAAAGGAGUAGAUGGUGAUAUCGGUGCAAAGGGUGCUCAAGGACUUCAGGGUCAAAUUGGAGCUCCUGGAGAUCCUGGCGCGCAAGGCGGUAAAGGUUCAAAAGGCCAAAUAGGGCCUGCUGGUGACAGAGGAAAACAAGGAGAGGCUGGUGACAAAGGUCCAAAAGGUGUUAAAGGCUUAUCAGGAGAAAUGGGAACAGCUGGAUCUCAAGGUCCCGUUGGUGCUAAUGGUGGGGCUGGAGAUACAGGAGAAGUUGGUCCUAAAGGCCUUCAAGGAAAUCCUGGACCUCAAGGUCUACCAGGAAGUAAUGGUUUCACUGGUGAACAAGGACCUGCUGGAGCAAUUGGAGUUCCUGGUAUAGCAGGAGAUCAGGGACCUAUAGGAGAUAAGGGUGCUGAAGGUGAUAAAGGUCAAGUAGGUCCCGAAGGCGUUAAUGGAGAUCGUGGUGUUGUUGGUGAUGCUGGCGUUCAAGGAGACCCUGGACCUGCCGGCUCUCGUGGUCCAGUUGGUGGUCAAGGAGCAACUGGUCAACCAGGCUAUACUGGACAAAAGGGUCCAGCAGGACCAGUUGGUGCAACAGGUCCAGUGGGAUCCAUUGGUCAACAAGGUUUACAAGGGCCUCCUGGUGCACAAGGUGAGGCUGGAUCUCCCGGGAAUACUGGACCGCAAGGCCCUCAAGGCGGCCAAGGUGCUACAGGAUUACCAGGAUUAGUUGGCGAUCAAGGACCAGAAGGAGCAGAAGGAAGUGCUGGCCAAAAGGGCUCACCCGGUUCCCAAGGAGAUACUGGUUCUCCAGGACCUAUUGGUGGGCCAGGCCUAAAGGGCCCAAGAGGUGAACAAGGUCUAGAGGGAAAUAAGGGGCCAAACGGAGCACAAGGUAUACUUGGAGAUACUGGCAGCACUGGGCCAAAAGGUAUAAUGGGACUAACAGGUCCAAAAGGAAAUGAUGGUCCAGUCGGUGAUAUUGGUCCCAAAGGACCCAACGGGCCGAUAGGUGAUCAAGGAGAUAUUGGAGCAGAUGGUCUUCCAGGUCCAGAUGGUCGACAAGGUCCGCAAGGAGAUACGGGAAUGAUUGGAGAUGCUGGAGACCCUGGUGCUAGAGGAUCGAAGGGUCCCAUAGGUCCAGUUGGAGCUUCUGGAAGUCCAGGUGAUAGAGGACCGGCUGGAGAUGCUGGAGCCAUGGGUGACACUGGAGAUAUCGGAGCAAAUGGUGAAAUAGGACUCCCAGGGCCACAAGGUGAAAGAGGAUUGCCAGGUGACAGAGGAAGUACUGGAGAACCUGGUGCGAAAGGAGGCAUAGGGCCCAGAGGCCAGUCAGGACCUGUUGGGGCAAAAGGUCUCGAUGGAGACGCAGGAGAGGAGGGAGUUCAAGGAGUGGCAGGAGAAGCUGGCGAUAGAGGACAAGCCGGUCCGCCAGGGCCUUUAGGCGCAACUGGCGAGGUAGGACUGCCUGGAUUAAGAGGUCUACAAGGCAGAAGAGGUCGAAUUGGCGCGACAGGAGAAAUUGGUCCUCAAGGCCCUGCUGGACCAGAAGGACCAGCAGGUCCUGAAGGUCCCAUUGGAAAUCAGGGUUCAAUAGGUGAUACUGGUAGAGAGGGUAGGCAGGGUAUUAUCGGCUUAAGGGGAGAAGCUGGAGAUCAAGGUCUUAAAGGUGAAAAGGGUCCACCAGGGCAGGCUGGAAAACAAGGUCGCUUAGGAGCAACUGGUUUCAGAGGAGCAUCAGGUCCAAGAGGUAUAAUGGGUUUCGAAGGACCAGAUGGAUAUAGAGGACCGGAUGGGCCAGAUGGUCCCCGAGGAAAUACAGGCCAACCUGGUAAACAAGGGGCUGAUGGUCCUCAAGGUCAAUUAGGACCUCCAGGUCGGCAAGGGCCGCAAGGAUCUCAAGGAACCAGGGGAGGAACCGGUCCUGUAGGAGCUAGGGGCCCUAGAGGACAACAGGGGGAUGUGGGAGAUCGUGGACCAACUGGACCAGCUGGACCAGUUGGUAGAACCGGAGGUAUUGGAGAAUUGGGUAUUGAUGGACCACAGGGCGAAAGAGGUGGCACUGGAUCACCUGGACCAGUUGGCGCAACAGGAGGAACAGGAAGAAAAGGUCCAAGAGGGCCUAUUGGGGCGCCUGGAAAUCCUGGAGUUAUGGGAGUAAGAGGACCUUUAGGUUCACCAGGAGCGGAUGGUAGUCCUGGAGCUGAGGGCCCGAUGGGUCAACCUGGAAAUGGAGGAGUACAAGGAGAAAUAGGACCCAUAGGACCUCAGGGAGAAGAGGGUGAUAUUGGUCCUGAAGGACCUGCUGGUCCUCGUGGAAUUGCUGGAAGUCCUGGUGGUCCUCCCGGUCCAACUGGUAAAACAGGCUUACCAGGAUUUUUUGGAGUGAAUGAGUGUCUUGUAAAUAAUGGUGGUUGUGAUCAAGUUUGUUUCGAUACUGCCCAAGGUUUUUGCUGCCUGUGUCGACCAGGAUUCAAUUUAGUACCAAUACCAAUUGAAGAUACGACGUGUACAAUUGACAGCGUUGUUUGUGAAUAUAUCAACAAUCAAAGACUUUGUACAUGCACUGACUCGAAUAAUAGAGUUGUACCUAUCAGUGGCACCAGAUGUAGAGAUAUUGAUGAAUGUAAUGCUGGAACUCAUAACUGUGACGAUCGUUGUGUUAAUACUGGAGGAAGUUACACUUGUGCUUGCAGAGAUGGUUUUACCCUGUCUACAGAUGGUAGAACUUGUUUAGAUAAUAACGAAUGUUCUGGUACUAACCCCUGUCAAGGAGAUCAAUUUUGCGUAAACACCUAUGGAUCUUUUAUGUGCCUCUUUGCCUUGGUAGCAACGGGACAAUCAGCUGCUGCUCAAAAGGCUGACAACAACCAAGUUGAAACAGCAAUUAGCCAAAGCAACGGAUCAACAGUUACCAUUACAAUAUUGGCUGUAAUAUCGGGAAUCCUUUCCGCCGCAAUAUUAGUUGUAGCAGUAAGGCAUAUUAUAAAGAAGAGAAGAAAAUCCAGAGAUGAAGAAAGCGAUGCUUACGAUAAUCGCACAAUGAACUCAAGUGUCAUCGACGAGCGACUUUUCGAUAGAAAAAUUUAA